AUGUCGGGCCUUCGUGACAUGUCGCGUCGACAAGACAACUACAAGGCGAAAGGUGUCUUCAAGCAGGAUGAGCUUCGACGCAGACGUGAAGAGGCGCAGGUCGAAAUUCGUCGUCAGAAGCGUGAAGAGUCCAUGGCAAAGCGAAGGAACCUCAACGUCGCCGACGACGACAGCGGCAUCGACUCGGACGAUGACGACAACGCCUCGGCCGCUGUUGAUGCUCAGCUCGCAGACGAACUUCCAAAGAUGAUCGGAGACGCAAUGAGCGAUGACCUCGACCGCCAGCUCGAUGCCACCACCAAGUUCCGCAAGCUCUUGUCCAAGGAGAAGAACCCGCCCAUCGAGCGUGUCAUUGCUGCCGGCGUCGUCCCUCGCUUUGUCGAGUUCCUCCGCAGCCCACACAGCAUGAUUCAGUUCGAGGCCGCUUGGGCGCUCACCAACAUCGCCUCCGGCACCUCCGAUCACACUCAGGUCGUCAUCAACGAGGGCGCCGUCCCCGUCUUUAUCGAGCUCCUCUCUUCGCCUGUCCUCGACGUUCGCGAGCAGGCCGUCUGGGCCCUCGGUAACAUUGCCGGUGACAGCCCCAAGUGCCGUGACUACGUUCUCCAGGCUGGUGCCAUGCGUCCCUUGAUCGCUCUCCUCAGCGAGAACCACAAGCAGAGCAUGCUUCGUAACGCAACCUGGACCCUCAGCAACUUUUGCCGUGGCAAGAACCCUCAACCAGACUGGAACAUGGUCUCCCCCGCCCUCAGCGUCCUCACCAAGCUCGUCUACUCGAUGGACGACGAGGUGCUCAUCGACGCCUGCUGGGCCAUCUCCUACCUCUCCGACGGCGCAAACGAGAAGAUCCAGGGCGUCAUCGAGUCUGGAGUCUGCCGUCGCCUCGUAGACUUGCUCACCCACCCAUCCACUGCUGUCCAGACCCCCGCGCUUCGUUCCGUCGGCAACAUUGUCACCGGUGACGACUACCAGACUCAAGUCGUCAUUUCGUCAGGUGCACUUCCGCCCCUCCUCUCGCUCCUCUCUUCCGCCAAGGAGGGCAUCCGUAAGGAAGCCUGCUGGACCAUCUCCAACGUCACCGCCGGCUCGUCGCAGCAGAUCCAGGCCGUCAUCGACGCCAACAUCAUCCCUCCCCUAAUCGACAUUCUCCAGCACGCCGACUUCAAGACAAAGAAGGAAGCCUGCUGGGCCAUCAGCAACGCCACCAGCGGUGGUCUCUCGGAGCCUCAACAGAUCCGAUACCUCGUCUCCCAGGGCUGCAUCAAGCCUCUUUGCGACCUCCUUCGCAGCAUGGACAACAAGAUCAUCCAGGUCGCCCUCGACGGUCUCGAGAACAUCCUCAAGGUUGGCGAGAUGGACCGUGAGGCUGCCGGCGGUGACGCUCCCAACGCCUACGCGCUCCACAUUGAGGAGUGCGGUGGCAUGGUCUCGAUCCACAACCUUCAGCAUCACGAGAAUCUCGAUAUCUACAAGAAGUGCUUCUACAUCAUGGACAAGUACUUCCCAGACGACGAAGCGCAAGAGACCGGUCUCGGCGCUCCUCAGGUCGACGAGACGGGUGCCUUCGCCUUCCAGUCCGAUUUGAACGCUCCCCAGGGUGGUUUCAACUUUGCACCUGCUCAGAACGGGAUGCAGCAGUAA